AUGGUCGUGGACGUGGACGUGGACGUAGACAUGGUCGUGGACCUUGACGUGGACGUGGUCGUGGUCGUGGACGUGGUCGUGGACGUGGACAUGGACGUGGACGUGGACGUGGACGUGGACGUGGACAUGGACGUGGACGUGGACGUGGACGUGGACGUGGUCGUGGACGUGGACGUGGACGUGGACGUGGACGUGGACGUGGGCGUUGACGUGGGCGUGGACGUGGACGUGGACGUGGACGUGGGCGUUGACGUGGUCGUGGACGUGGUUGCGGACGUGGACGUGGACGUGAACAUUGAUACGUGGACGUGGACGUGGACGUGGUCGUGGACGUGGACGUGGACGUGGACGUGGACGUGGUCGUGGACGUGGACGUGGACGUGGACGUGGACGUGGACGUGCACGUGGACGUGGACACGUGGACGUGGACGUGGACGUGGACGUGGACGUUGA